AUGAAAUUACACAAAGAGAUUGAUAAGGUACUGGCAAUUAAUUGCAUAAAUAACCAGGUUUCAGUCAAAGCAGUUCGUAAACUGUGGGGUGAAAGGGGGGUGCGGAGAGGUCUGAACAGUUUCCAACAAUGGUAUAAAAGUGGCGAGGUUAGUGCGAUAUUCAAAGAGACCUCAGGUGUAGCAAAUGGACAAGGCUCGGCAUUAGCAUUGAGUAUAUGGAACGGGAAAUCGCAGGAAGAGAAAGACUCCUACAAAGUACAGAAUCAACCUGUGAUCAGCGCGACUACGUCCAACUCAAUCAAUUCUGCACCCGACGCUGAAGACGGAACAGCAAGAACUGAAGUUGUCUCCAAUGUCGAGGCUAACAACAUGGCCGCAACAUACAAGGGUGACUUUGUCAUAAUAGGAGUAUCAAAUUACUUAGGUAAUGAUUCCUACCAGGUUGUCCGAGCCACACCACGCGCUCUCAAGUGGGUGGAGCACAAUAGGAUAUGUAACCCAAAGAAUCAUGUUGCCGCCCAAUUACAUGCGUUUGUCACUGGAACCCAGGCUGGCUUACUCAAUAUAAGUCAAACCAAGCUUGAUGACAGAGCAAGGUGUCGAGAAUCCCUGUCUGAAAUGAUCAGAACAAAGACACAAGGUGUGAUCAAGAAGUGGACAUGGAAAGGCUGCAAGGAAAAGUUACUUGAGGACGGAUACUAUGUACAACUUGCCUUGGACUCUAAGUCUGACAUCAGCUACAUAAUGCAAGAUAGUAAUCAGCUAACCCAAACACAAGCUCACGAUGUGUUGGAUGAUAUUUUGCAAAACAAGAUCCUAAUCCUGGAAACUGAGGCGGGUCCUACUCGCAAACGCAAACGUGCCCAUGGGUCUGAAUCUGAACCGCCCUCUACCACUUGGGAAGAACCACCCACUACUCCCACUCCUGGCAGCAACUCAGCAACCAACGUCAGCACAACUCCUAUCAUAAAUCACUCAGCAAAUGAUAACGUGCCCGUGCCCGCCAAUGAUACCCCUAUUACCAAAGAUACAUCAAUUUCCACAGCUGUCGAUACAAUGUAG